AUGUCCUCUACCUUUAGUCCUGGGGUCAGAGCGGGCAUUAUUCUUAUAACGGUGUGUGCGUCUCUGUCAGCAACGGCUGUGUUUUCGUUGCUUGUGUACAUUGCGUAUUCUGUCACGACCAUCAACAAAGGUGCCACUCGCACAUGGAGAGUCUCCACGCACAUUCACUAUUACUUCGUGAACCUGCUGGUAUGUGACUUGGUGCAAGCCAUCGGUGGUGUAAUGAAUGUCAAGUGGGCCGUAGAUGCUCGCGUGACGGAGGGGACACUCUGCACCACCCAAGGAAUACUUAAGCAGCUCGGAGAUGUCGGAGUGGCCUUGUCAACGCUGGCAAUCGCAAUCCACACCUUUUUGGUUCUCGUUUGUAGGUUCUAUUCGCGGCCACGAAGCGCCCUUGUUGUCAUCGCUGCGAUAUGGGUGUUCUUGACUCUUAUUGUUGGCAUAAGUGAAGCCAUGCACCAUGACGAGGACUAUUAUGGAACUACUGGUUACUGGUGCUGGAUAACAAGCGACUUCGGAACCCAGAGAAUUACUCUGGAAUAUCUAUGGGUCUGGAUUGCCGUAUUUUUGGAUAUCGUAUGUUAUGCAUUCAUCUCUUUGGCUAUUAAAGGAAUUAUCGUCCUGGAUGGAUACAAGAUACGACUGCGACGUAGAUCAGUGAAUGCGGACGACUUUACUUUAAGCACUACUAGCAACAGUGCAGCAAGACAUUCGAAAUCCAUCGCGAUGAAUAUGCUAUUUUACCCUGCCCUUUACAUCGUAACAGUUAUUCCGAUAUCCGUUGUCCGUUGGUGUGCAUUCAGCGGAACGAAUGUACCCUUCGCAGCCACGGCUUUUAGCAGCGUCUGUUUCGCCUGCUCAGGCAUAUUCAACGCCAUUUUAUUUACCCUCACCCGACCAGGCGUAGUCCCACAUCGGGGACAGAAUGCACACGACCGUCGCGAUAGCUAUGUCACGGCCAUCAGCCCUAUAAGUCCUGUCAGCAAAAGCUACAGGCCUUCUAGAAGCAUGGAUGACAUCGAUAUAGAAACGUGGAGAUAUGUUCCAGACUCGACAAAAGUGAUGCAUCUCUCCGACUCUUCUCGAGAUGGCUCCUUAAAGGGGCAGGUUUGA